CGCCCUCUGCCGGCCCGGCUCCUUCCUCCCUCCCAUCGGCCUCGGCUUGCGGGCCUUUCAAACAUGGAGGAGCGCGAGUGGGGGGCGAGGUCGGCUCGCGCCGGCAGCCCAGCCAGCCCGCCCAGCCCGCGGCUGGACGUCAGCUCCUACAGCUUCGACCCGCUGCUGGCCCUGUACUCGCCGCGCCUGCCUCCCAUCCCCUACCCCAACGCGCCCUGCUUUAACAACGUGGCGGAGUACGAGAGCUUCCUGAAGGGCGGGCGCACCGGGCGCGGCCGGGCGCGGGGCACGGGGGAGCCGGCCUCGGCGGGAACCUCCACCGGCACCUCCACGGGAGCCGGGACCUCGAGCAGGGCCCGUCGCCGCGCCGCGCCCACCCCAGAUCCCGAGCGCAUCCAGCGUCUGCGCCGCCUCAUGGUGGUCAAGGAGGACGCGGACGGCGCGGCCGGGGCUCGGCGCCAGGGCCCGGGGCGCAGCAAGAAGGCGCCACGCAAUGUGCUCACGCGAAUGCCCUUGCAUGAAGGUAGCCCUCUGGGGGAACUCCACCGCUGUAUCCGAGAGGGAGUCAAGGUGAAUGUCCACAUCCGCACCUUCAAAGGACUUCGGGGUGUCUGCACAGGCUUCCUGGUUGCAUUUGACAAGUUCUGGAAUAUGGCCCUCACCGAUGUGGAUGAGACUUACCGUAAACCUGUGUUAGGCAAAGCCUAUGAACGGGAUUCUUCGCUGACUCUCACAAGGCUGUUUGAUCGGCUGAAACUUCAAGAUUCCUCCAAAAAGGAAGCAGAUUCCAAGUCUGCGGUGGAAGACUCCACCCUGUCUAGAUACUCGCAGACAUCCACUUGGAAGGUGGCUUCAGUGUGGGGACGAGGAGACACUGACCGGGGCUCACACAAGCGCUCCCGCUCCGUCCCUUCCUCCCUGCAGGCUUCUGCAAGGGAGGAGUCCAGGUCUGAGCUGUCACGGACAGAAGGGUCCAGUGCGGGAGGUACCUUCUCCAGGGCCACCACUCUUUCACGGGGCCAGUCCCGAAGGAAAAAGAGAAAGCCCAAGGUGGAUUACCAGCAGGUGUUCACGCGACACAUAAAUCAGAUUUUCAUUCGAGGCGAGAAUGUCCUGCUGGUUCAUCUUGCACAGUGACCAGCUCGGCCCCACGUGACCUUCGGGUUUUAGAAAUAAAGUGCAUGAACUGUUCUUAUGCUAUAUCCUAGUAUCCCAAUCAAAGUGUGAGUCGCAGUGAUUCCCACUGGUCCUGCCCGUACAGAGGACAGAGCUGGCUCACCCUCUGGAAGCCGUGUUGAGGGGAGGACAGGUCAGCAACCCUAACCAGGCAAAAGCCAUUCACAGUGCAUGCAUGUGUCCGACAGGCUGUCAUCGUCUGCUCCAGAGUCUCAAGCAUAAGCUGCUCCCUUUGACUUAGGGUUGUAGUAUGAGUGGAAUCUACUCUGUGGAAACUGUAAGAAAUGCCUGAGAAAGAAAGAUUUCAUUUUUUAAAAGCUAGUGCUCUGAGCACCAGGAAUUUGAUCUAUGAGCGACAGUGUAAAUUGCCUGAGAGCCCUGCACCCAUGUCUUGGAACUGACCUUUGCUCUAUCUACAUCCUUCUCUCUUGAUCAAGAAGUGAAAUUUCUCAUCCUUGAAUCUUAGUAAGGUCUAGGAAAGUUACCGGCUUAUGCAGGAGUGAAGCACAGCUCGGUGGUUGCUCUAAGCAGCCCGAGGUGACAGCUCCGUUUUGAGCCCCCUCUUCUCCUGGGCAGGAAUGCAGAAGCUUGUCAGUGUUCUCCUCACCAGAGGUGGCCUCUGCACAUGGCAUACCAGAUGGGACUGUGCCGUGCUUGUGGCUUGUCGUCCUCUCUGAUUCCUGUGGCAUGGUGCUAGUGUGCAUGUGCUCUGUGGUAUCACCCCAUGUGUUAUGGGUGAACUGUCCUGAUGUGACCUUGGCGUCUGACUUCAGAGAGUUCUGCAUUAACUCAGUAAUACACAUAUAUCACAUGCCUGAGAGUCCCCUUUCUAGGCGGGGCUGGCCUUGUGUAGAAAGUCUCUCAGAAUGGUCUUGCUAUGAAAGAGGGGUCGUACGCUUUUAUUCCCUGUGUCACACCAGUGAGGCUCUUAGAGGUCAAAUGGGUGUGUUCUAAGGGCACUUGACUCCCAUUUAUACUUGAGUACAGGAAUACCAAAGGACCCAGGGACGCUCCUACUUGAAUUAUAUCACCGUAUGCUUUUCAAUCACAAUACAGAAUGGGCUACAUCUUGACAUUGACUGUUAGGCAAUAUUGAUUUUCAAAAUUUUGUUUAUACUUGCUUUAUGUUAGAUAACUUAUGCUCAAAGUAAGAAUAAGAAAUAGAUAAUUAGUCCAAGUGUAUGUAUGAAUAGAACAUUUUCCCCGCUGGGUUUGUGGAUAGUGUGAGUAAGUCUCCUGAGGAGCAGGGUAAAUAAAGUUCGGUUAGCUGGACCACUGCCUCAUCAGACAAUGAAAAGUGAGCAAAUGUCCCCCUUUCCCCCAUCAGACACCUACCUCACCAGGGCAUUGUGGCAGAAUUUUAGGAAGAUGUCUUACAGCCUCUAAGCAUAUCUAAAUGCCAUGAGUAAUUUUUCCUUACUCUAUUGUAUAGCUCUGUAAAAAUCCUUUUGUCCUAUGAACAAGGCAGGUGCUAUAUAAGAAAGAUAUCUUCCCACUGUCAUUUGUGGUCUAGUAACCAUCAUCAGAAGGCUGCGAGAACUUCAGCAGCUGCGUGUCAUGGUCUGUUCUUUCCUCCAGAGGGAAGCAGGUCUAAGGAACAGCUUCAUUAAGGAGAGAGUGACUCUCUUUGCUGCUCCCCACAUCCCGGCCCCUGCUUUUCAGGGGUGUCUGUGGUGGUACUGAAGGGAGAAUGUGCAGCUAAAGACAGCGUUGUUCCCAGAGGGGGCUCUGUGGGCUUCCUGUCUGUUUUCUGUUUGCCUGCUCUUGUUUCUAAUUGUGUUUAAGUGGGAAGGCAGGGCAGAUGCUCUGAGGUCCGGGAGGCUCUGGGUACAGACUCCGGCUCACCACUCUUGUCUUCUAGCCUAAAUUCCUGUCUGCCUCCUGUGUCCAUCUCCGUUACCCAGUCAUCAUCAGACUGUACGGCCUCCAUCUCCACCGGUGUUCCCUGUGUGCCGUCUUCGCCUGUCUGCCCUUUUGUCCCUUGGCUAGAAGCUGUAAUGGAUGCUCUUCUUUCCUGACUCUGUAGAAAUGUGCAAUCAAAAGGAAUAGAAAGAAUUUCUGUUCAUGCUAGUGACCCUCCUGAUUUAUUUUAUACACAUGACAGCUUCAUGUUGCUGUAUAAUUCUCCCAUAUUUCUCUAAGGAUUGAUUUAUAGUUUUCCACUCAACAUGACAACUCUAAGCCAUGAAAAUUGUGUGUGCUGUAUCUUUAGCUCCUGUCCAUUUAUUUGUUUAAUUUGGACAGUGAUUCCAAAAUGAAUACUCUCUAGGAAAUGUGUAAUUUUGUGCAAAGCGUGGUAAUUAUUUUCAGACAAGUCAAUUUAAUAAAUUAUUGCCUUUUCUUUAUUAUUGGAAAAAUUUUCAAAAAUAAAGAAAAAUAGGUUCCAAUAACGUAUUGCUGCUCAAAAAUGCUAUCAUGUAGGUCAUAAUGAGUCACUGUAGUGGCUGGACUGGGCUGGUUGCUUAGUGGUAGGCCCUAUGCUUGGUGUUCAUGAGACUCUGAGUUCAGUUCCUGGUGUGAAUGAGAGUGAAGGAGUCAAUCAGUCAAUGAAAGUUGCUGUGAAAACAGCUGAAGUUUUCCUUAGGAGAAAGACAGACCCUGGGGAAAGGGGUUGGUGGAUUGAGUACUAGAAGACACUAGAAGGCCCCUUCCUUCUGGAGCCCCACAAAUAGAGAAUGGAGUAGAGCUUCCUCACUGGUAUUCUAUGGGGAUUAGAGUUUUCUUUUAAAUAAACACUUUCACUUUUGAAUAAACAGCUUUGAUUGUUCAAACUCAUCUCUAGACACCUGAAUAAGUCACAGAAUAUUCCUGUAUUCUUGUUGAGGUCUUUUCAGGAGUAUGUGGCUUUAUUAGGUGGUAAUGUUGCCAGCAAUUAGCGUGGCUGGCGAUUGGCUUGCUUUUUUUGUUUUUGUUUGUUUGUUUUGCUUUGCUUUGUUGUUUUUUGUUUUGUUUUGGUUUUUUUGUUUUUUGUUGUUUUUUUUGAGACAGAGUCUCAGGCUGGUCUGAAACUCAUGAUAUAAACCAGUCUGGCUUCAAACUCACAGAUCUGCCUGCCUCUGCCUGCUGUGGGCUGCAGGUAAUGGGUGCCCUACCCCUGGCUCAGCUAUUAGUGUUACCAGUUUUGUUUUGGUGGACUUUUGAAUAGAAAUUACAAGUAGGCAAGCAUCAGCAUCUGAACAAGGUUGUUAACGGUUCCUGCUCAAGGCUAAGGGAGGUACCAUCCAGGACAGGGGUCCUGGGCGAUGUCCAAGGACUAAGGUCUACAGCUUAAAUAGACAAAGGAAGCCAGGCUCCCACAGGAACAGGCAGCCAUGCACAGAUGCCAGGAUUUCUGCCAAGGUCUCGGCGACUGGCUUCACAGAGUGGUCUGCUCAUGUUUGUUGGGUUUGUUUGUGCUCGGCUUGCAGAAGCUGCUGGUGGUGCUCACACCACCUGGGAAGACCACACCUUGGUCAAGGUCAGACAUGUUGUGCUGGUAGGUUACAGGAAGCUGGGGAGGGAGCCAGCAGCUUCUGAACCUGGUCGUGGGCGGAAAUACUGUUUUGAAAGUAGCAGGCAUUAAAUGGGCAAUGUUAAUGUGGAACCAGGGUGCUCUGCUGUGUCACGUGAUUAAGAAAUGGCUGCCAGAGCCCUGCUGCAUGCCAUUCUGUGCAUGGAGCUAUGCUUGUGCUCCACACCAGCACAGCCUUCGCCUGGGUUGUUUGUUUUAGUGUCUGGGAAGCUUGAUGGUUUCUUUCUUAGGACAGCAGGCAGCUUGUGAAGUUAGCUUCUGAGGCAGGGGAUUUGGAGCAGUCUACACCUUGCUCUUUGUCUGGCUCUUAUCAAGGCAAAGAACAUUCCAUUGUGGGUGAGCCUCGGUCAGAUCAGGAGCAGCCCCAUCUGUCUUGACAGGGAAAGAGUGCCCCUUCCUCAGCCUCACAGAGAUCUGUGCCGACACUUCUACCCUUUAAGAGAAAAGAAGUAGACCCAGCAUGAUGCGAAGUGGGUGUUUGUGUUUCUGUUUACGCUCUCUCCAUGACAGCCACCCAGGCGAAGUCAUGAAAUACAGUUGGCUCUAUUAACUGCUUCUUUAACUGUCCUGUAGGUUUUUCCUGUAGGAAAAAAUUAAAAUUCAAAGACAGCUAGCUGUCACUGGUGCUCUCCCAAAGCGUUUCAUUCCCUUCUGUACUUUUUAUGAAUGAAAUGGUUGCUGUGCGUAGGUCAAGUUAAUAGGGAAAAAAGAGUCUGGUGGUAUAAAUUGAGUAGUUUGAGAGAUAUUUUUAUUUUUCUCUUCCUGAACUACAUCUGGAAUGCAUGCAGCCCGUUGUGAAUAACUCUGUUCAUCUGUCCAUGUUUGUCUUGCCCAGAAGGCUUUUUCUCAGUGGCUGAAAGCAAAGCCAUCUCCUCUGGCCUGUGUGGGAAAGUCAGCUGUUACUUUCUGGCAAACUGGUGGAUUUAAGAUAAGCCUCAGCCUCCAGUCCCAGUUAUCUGAAGAAGGGUGGGGCCCCCGUCACUCCCAGUGUUUCAAGGAGUUUUCAGAUGUUCGUCAUUUCACUCUUCUAAUAAAAGUGAAAGCCCUCUGUCAAGAAAGGGCAUGGGUGGUCUGAAGAUGGGGGCAAGAAAACUCUGGGCACCCGGGACCCGUGGGGUCUUUAAGCUGUCAGAGUCCAGGCUCCAUCCAAACACUUUCUGCAAACACAGGGUGUCCCUUAGGAAAGCUGGGAAUGUGGUUCCUGGCACAUGGAAAUCGCUUUUGAUUAUGAGUCCUUGGGAGCAAAUGUCUGAUGUGUUUUCAGAGCCCUGAAGGAAAUGUCUGGACACUCCCAGGGUCGCUACACGUGACUACCUGGCCGUGUCGUGUGGAGCUGGGUUCCAGAGCAGCUCUUCCCCUCUUUUUCUGUUCUCCCAACAGGAAGGCAGACAGUAAGCUGUAUCCUAAACCACUCACACCUGUAAACCCAGCCCUUAGGAGACUGAGGCAGGAGGACCACUGUGAUCCAGGCUAGUCUAAGCUACAGAGGGAAAGUGUUUCAAAAAUAAACAAUAAAAAAAGACAGUAACAAAAAGUGAUUUGCUUAUUCAGUAUGGACGUGUAAAGGCUGUGCCAACUGUGUCCCCGUGCACCGUGACUUGGUGAUGGUUUACAGACAGGGCUGACGCUGGAUGACUGUGGUUUCCGUGCUCAUACGGCAACUGGUAAACCCCGAACUGACCUCCUCUGUACCUUACCCCUUGUUCGGUUAACCGAGACCCUUCCUGUUGAGGGGCCUGCUGCUAGUAACCUCCAGUUGCAAUGUGCUGCUUUUGGUAUGUGUCGAAUGGGAGUCUGGAAACUGUAAUAAAUAUGAUUGUAUCCAUUC